UGGAAAACAUAUCAGAUGUUCUGGUGUCCUAUUCUUAUUGCGAUCAAAGGACCCAUGCGGCAGCGCCCCCUUGCACUUGGCCUGCCGGUUCCCGCCGACCGCCGGCCACGGGGCAGACCCUGUUGACCCGUCCGUCAGCUUGCGCGUGGAGGUCGUCGCGCUGCUGUUGCGCGCCGGCGCCGCGCCCUCCGCGGUCGACGCCGCGGGGCGGCGCCCGGUGGCGCCAAGGGGCCCAGAUCUCAGACGAUUUGGGAGGGACGAGCGGAGUGCAGUGGAGGUGGCCCUCGUGCCUGGCUUCUGCGCGGCCUCUGUGCCCGCGUGCGACCGCCUGCGCGCGAUGCUGCUGGCCGCGGAACGCCAGUGGCGCCGGCGCAGCCUGGCCGUGCUGCGCGCGCAGCUGCAGCGGGGGCGCUCGGAGAGGAGCAAUGCUUGCCUGGACUGCCUCGGGGGGGACGAGGCCAAGUGCAUCCUGGAGUUCCUGUGAGCGGGGGCGCGGCCACCGCCGCAUGCGCCCGCCUGCGCGUGCACGGUCCGAGCCCUCCUCUGUUCCCCCAGAGUUUUUUCGUGCC